GUCUGGGUUUUAGCUUCUCGCAGUGUUUUGUUCCCAGGUGACUGCUCCUCCUGCACUCAAAAGAUGAGCCGCUUUGAACACUUUACAAAACAGCUCGAGGCGUUAAGAAACAUCUUCUCAAAAAAUGGCGAGGAGUCAAGCAUGGCUGAUCUGCAGAGGGGGUCAGGAAGGAUCCCUAUGAUGAGGAAGAUCUGUUUCGCUGUAGGAGGAAUCCCAUACCAGACCACAGCAGCAGCUAUAGGGAUUUCUCUGCAGAUAUUCUUGCUGGAUGUUGUGAAGAUGAAGGCCUCCUCUGUAUCUAUGAUCCUGUUCCUCAGUCGGGCCUGGGAUGCUGUGACUGACCCCCUGGUUGGAUAUCUGGUGAGCCGCAGCCCCUGGACACCCAUUGGAAAACUUACCCCAUGGCUGGUGAUUUCCACUCCGUUUGCGAUCCUGUUCUACGUGCUCCUGUGGUUUAUACCUGCAGACUCCAUGUCUGAGGCCGCCAGCGUGCUGUGGUUCCUCACAGCGGCCUGUCUGUUUGAGACACUCAUGAGCUGCUACAACGUCCCAUACCUCUCACUGAAUAUGUUUCUGGGAGGACAUCAGAGGGACAGAGACUCUGCCACCGCCUACAGAAUGAGCGUGGAGAUGAUGGCCAUGCUGCUGGUGUCGGUGAUUCAGGGACAAGUUGUUUCUGCAUACAACAUUGAAAAGCAGGAGGCCUGUGAGCAUCUGGACCAGGUCCAUCAAACGCCUCACAGCUCAUCAGCGCCUCAAAUGGCCUCUCUACAGGAAACGCGAAAGGCUUUCCUGACCUCAGCUGGGGUCACAGGCGGAUUGUUUCUCCUCAGCAGCUUGGUUCUUUUCUUUGGCGUGACGGAGCAGCGGGGGGAGUCGGUCGGACACGACACCCUCUGUCCCAAUGACAGAACAAGACCCUCAUAUCUGAGCUCCGUAAAGAUGCUAAUAUGUCACAUUCCUUAUCAACGACUAGUCCUCGGCUUUGUCUUUAGUGUACUUGCUUUCCAGAUGUCUUUGGGUAACUUUGCACUGUUCUGCAGUCACGCAGCGGGACUGGGAGCUUAUUUUCAGCUUCUUUUGCUGGUCCUAUUGAUUUCAGCUUUAGUCGCGGUUCCAUUUUGGCAAUUUGUCCUUCUGAAAAUUGGGAAAAAAAGGACAGUUUUCAUUGGAUUUGCACUCUUCAUCCCAGCCAUGAUCACAGUUGCAUGUGUUCCCAGCAACCUCCCAGUUUUUCUGAGCAUGUGCAUUCUGUUGGGAUUCAGCGUGGCGACUUUGUUCCUGCUGCCUUGGUCAAUGCUCCCAGACGUGAUUGAUGACUUUGCCUUGAAACAUCCGUUGUUUAAAGACCUGGGCCCUCUGUUUUUCUCUGGUUAUGCCUUCUGCAAUAAGCUGGCAGGGGGGUUGUCUGUGGGACUGUCAACCAUGAUAUUACAGAUCGUAGGCUACAAAGCAGGUGUGUGUAACCAUGGUGAUGAAGUGGCGACAGCACUGAUUGUGCUGUUCUCACCAGUUCCUAUCACACUGCUGCUGAUAGGGAUGGGAAUCUUUCACACCUACCCCGUCAAUGAGAGGAAAGGCUUACAGCUUGAGGAACAAAAGUAUGAGGAUCUUUUUCUUCACUGUUAA